GCACGCAUGUCCCGGUUAUGUGGGCUCCCCUGGAUUUCUCUGUAGUAGGAUCCAGCCUUUUCAUUUCGGUGUCCCUUACCUUUGCAGCUGUUGUCUUCUAUUUUACCUUCUACUCCUUCUCUGAAGAAAAAGACAAUCGACCAGCUCAAAGAAUGUUGCAGAACCCGGUAAAACAUGAGCAUGCUGAUACUAUGGGAGCUGGCAAAGCCAUUGCCGUGUUGACAUCUGGAGGAGAUGCCCAGGGCAUGAAUGCUGCUGUCCGGGCUGUGGUCCGUGUGGGGAUAUACACUGGUGCCAAAGUGUUCUUUGUUCAUGAGGGCUACCAAGGACUCGUGGAUGGUGGGGACAACAUUAGGGAAGCCACAUGGGAGAGCGUGUCCAUGAUGCUGCAGCUGGGUGGCACGGUGAUUGGAAGUGCCAGGUGCCAAGACUUCCGCACACAUGAAGGGCGCCUGAAAGCUGCUCGCAACUUGGUAAAGAGAGGAAUAACAAACCUGUGUGUGAUUGGCGGCGAUGGGAGCUUGACCGGAGCAGACACUUUCCGUGCAGAAUGGAGCACCCUGCUACAGGAGCUGGUUAAAGCAGGUGGCAUUACAGUAGAGGAGGCCAAGAAGUCAAGCUACCUGAACAUUGUUGGCAUGGUUGGCUCCAUCGAUAAUGACUUUUGUGGCACUGACAUGACCAUUGGCACAGACUCCGCUCUCCACAGGAUAAUGGAAAUAGUGGAUGCUAUCACUACCACUGCCCAAAGUCACCAGAGGACGUUUGUGCUGGAGGUGAUGGGUCGCCAUUGUGGUUAUCUGGCUCUUGUAACAGCCUUGGCAAGUGGCGCAGACUGGGUUUUCAUUCCGGAAUCUCCCCCCGAAGAUGACUGGGAAGAACAUUUGUGCAGGAGGCUAACUGAGACAAGAACCCGAGGCUCAAGGCUGAACAUCAUUAUCGUAGCUGAAGGAGCGAUCGACAAGCACGGCAAGCCUAUCACUUCAGAAGACAUCAAAACGCUGGUCGUGAAACGCCUGGGCUAUGACACAAGAGUCACCAUCCUGGGUCACGUGCAACGUGGUGGAACCCCGUCUGCCUUUGAUCGUAUCCUGGGAAGCAGGAUGGGUGUGGAAGCAGUCAUGGCAUUACUGGAGGGAACCCCCGAUACUCCAGCGUGCGUCGUCAGCCUUUCGGGUAACCAAGCCAUCCGGCUUCCCCUCAUGGAGUGUGUCCAAGUAACAAAAGAUGUCACAACAGCAAUGAAUGAAGGGCGGUUUGAUGAUGCUCUUAAACUCAGAGGGAGGAGUUUCCAGAAUAACUGGAAUGUUUACAAGAUUUUAGCCCACGUGCGUCCGCCUUCGGCCAAGAGUGGCUACAACUUGGCAGUAAUGAAUGUUGGUGCCCCAGCAGCUGGUAUGAACGCUGCAGUGAGAUCUACGGUCAGGAUUGGGCUAAUUCACGGCCACAGGAUGCUCGCUGUUCACGAUGGAUUUGAAGGCCUGGCUGAACGAAAAGUUGAAGAGAUUGCAUGGGGAGGAGUUGGUGGCUGGACUGGAAAAGGUGGCUCGAGCCUAGGAACCAAAAGGACUCUGCCUAAGAAAUACUUUGAACAAAUCAGUAGUACCAUUGCUGACUUCGGCAUUCAUGGCUUGAUCGUCAUUGGAGGCUUUGAGGCUUUCACUGGCAGCCUAGAGCUGAUCGAAGGCCGGGCAAAGUUCGAGGAGCUCUGCAUCCCCAUCUGUGUUAUCCCAGCCACCGUCUCCAACAACGUUCCCGGCUCCGAUUUCAGCAUUGGUGCCGACACCGCUCUCAACACCAUCACGGCGACAUGCGAUCGUAUCAAGCAAUCUGCAGCUGGCACGAAGAGGCGGGUGUUUAUCAUUGAGACGAUGGGAGGUUACUGCGGCUACCUGGCUACCUUGGCAGGCAUGGCUGCCGGAGCUGAUGCAGCGUAUAUUUAUGAAGACCCUUUCACCAUCCACGACUUGGAGGCUAAUGUGGAGCAUCUGACCGAGAAAAUGAAGACCACAGUGAAGAGAGGUCUAGUACUGAGAAAUGAGAAAUGCAAUGAGAACUAUACUACUGAUUUCAUCUACAACUUAUACUCCGAGGAGGGAAAAGGCAUUUUUGACACAAGAAAGAACGUGUUAGGCCACAUGCAGCAGGGUGGGUCACCAACUCCAUUUGACAGGAACUUUGGAACGAAGAUGGGUGCCAAAGCAGUGGCGUGGAUGUCUGGCAAGAUCAAAGAAUGUUCCAGGCAUGGCCGUAUCUUUGCCAACACCGCCGAUUCUGCUUGCCUCUUGGGGAUGCGCAGGCGGGCUCUCUUGUUCCAGCCUCUCUCUGAACUCAAAGAACAAACAGAUUUUGAACACCGUAUCCCUAAAGAGCAGUGGUGGCUGAAGCUGCGGCCUAUCUUGAAGAUUCUUGCAAAGUACAAGAUUGAGCUGGAUACUUCAGAGACAGCCCACUUAGAGCACAUCACACGCAAGAGGGUAUCUGGUGAAGGUUCAAUCUGAACACCUGGGAAAGCAGCCAUGACUCCCCCUCUUUCUCUUGCAACAUAGAUGCUUCAGGAAGGGAGAUCCUAAAUAAAUCCUGAAUUUUCAGUUCCUCCAGUUCAUUUCAGCAUGUGGCUGUCCACCUGGUGUUUGUGUAAUACUUGGGAGCUUUAGAUCUGUCAUGCCCUGACCUAGAUCUGCCAGGCCCUGGUCAGGUUAGCUAGCCCGAUCUCAUCAGAUCUCAUAAGCUAAGUAGGAUUGGUCCUGGUUAGUAUUUGGAUGGGAGACCUUCAAGGAAUACCAGGAUCAUGAUGUGUAGUCAGGCAACGGCUAACCAACUCCAAACAUCUCUUGCCUUGAAAACCCUAUGUAGUCAACGGAAGUCAGCCGCAAUGUGACAGUACAAAAAGAGAUAAUUACAACAGACUGAUUGUAAAAAUGAAGAGAAAUGCUGUGUUUGUGGGUUAAGAUAUAUUCUCGUCCUUUCUGUAGGAAGAGCAGCUGAGAUAGGGUUUCUGCUGAUCUUUUUCUUCUAGGUAGCAGUCAAGCAACACACUUCAUGUAGCAUGAUCAGUGCCAUAGGAUUAGGAUAUUCAGUGGUCAUCUGUUUAAGGAAUACUGAAUUUAAGCUGGUCAGAAUUUCACUGCGUCUUGUUUUUACCUGUAAGGCACUCUCAAUCUGAACAUAAAACUGAAACCGCUUCAAAACUUUCCCAGGGAUUCAUUUACACCUGUGUCACCUUAGCUGGAAGUCCAGAGUCUCUAAAAUAAAAUGGAGCUGUUUUGACUAGAGGCUGUAA